GAGAUUCUCUCAGAAAUAAUUUAAAAAAAAAAAGAAAAAGAAAAAAGAACCCAUCUUUUUGCAUAGAAUUCUGGACCUCCAUUACCCUUUCAGUGAUGAAUAGAACAAAGCAAAAUUAGCUUUAAACGAUUCCUUUCGAGAUAAACCCGUAUCUCCUUUCCUGUUCUUCUUCUUCUAAUCAUUUUUUUCAGCUCAAGAAAGCUCCCGCUAAUCACCACUGAAGUUUAUUUUACUCAGAAUAAGGCAUAAAGGUAGACAUACAGAAGUAUGGGCAGUCCCCAGCAGCCGAAGAAAAGAGUGGCAUUUGUGCUGAUUGACGGAUUGGGCGAUGUGUCAAUACCAAGGUUUGGGUAUAAGACUCCUCUGCAGGCAGCCAAUAUUCCAAACAUGGAUGCCAUAGCAUCAGCUGGAGUUAAUGGCCUCAUGGACCCAGUGGAAGUAGGUUUGGGUUGUGGGAGUGACACGGCUCACCUUUCUCUUUUGGGAUAUGACCCAAGGGUAUAUUACCGAGGACGUGGUGCAUUUGAGUCCAUGGGUGCUGGGUUGGCAAUGUCACCUGGAGAUAUUGCAUUCAAGUCAAAUUUUGCAACCUUGGAUGAGAAAACUGGCAUAGUUACGAGUAGGAGAGCUGACAGGCAUUUUGAAGAAGAGGGACCUAUCCUUUGUGCUGCCGUGGAUAGAAUGAAGCUCCCAUCUUUUCCUGAGUACGAAGUAAGAGUCAGGUAUGCAACAGAACACCGAUGUGGAGUUGUUGUUAAAGGACCAAGACUGAGCGGAAAUAUAUCAGGAACUGACCCAUUGAAGGACAACCGCUUACUUCUGGAAGCCAAGGCUUUAGAUGAUACAGAUGAAGCAAGACACACAGCUGCAGUUGUUAAUGAGUUAUCCAAGGAGAUAUCAAGGAUUCUUGUUUCUCACCCUUUGAAUGCAAAAAGGUUAGCAGAAGGGAAGAACAUUGCUAACGUAGUCCUUUUGAGAGGCUGUGGUAUUCGAAUUGAGGUUCCUCCAUUUGAAAAGAAACAUGGCUUAUGGCCUUGCAUGGUGGCUCCCACCAAAAUUAUUGCUGGAUUGGGCCUAUCACUUCAUAUUGAUAUCCUAGAAGCUCCUGGCACAACUGGGGACUAUCGUACACUUCUGACUUCAAAAGCAACCGCCAUAGCUAAGGCACUUUCUGCUCCUUUACAAUCUUGCCCUAGUGUUUUUGUACCAGGGGAGGAUGAGCACAAGCCUGGUAGAUCAUAUGGCUAUGAUUUUGGGUUUCUCCACAUUAAGGCGAUAGAUGAUGCAGGUCACGAUAAGGCGAGUGUUUUCAAAGUAAAAGGAUUGGAAGCUGUAGAUCAAGCUAUAGGACAGCUGGCUAAGCUCCUGUGGCAGGCAGAAUCAACUGGGAAUUUCCAGUAUUUUGUUUGUGUCACUGGUGACCACUCUACACCUGUUGAAUAUGGAGACCACAGCUUUGAACCAGUUCCUUUUACAAUGUGCCGGUUGAAAGAUUAUGUGGGUGCAAUAGGUGGGGAGUCUAUUGUUUUGGAGACUUCCCUUGAUCCAUUUCCUCUUCCAACUGUUAAGGCAGGUGAAGACCUAAAUGAAGACAUUGGUUUAGAAAAAGGGAGAAGAUGCAAGCAAGUUCAAGCCUUUUGUGGUGAUUCAGUUUUUGAGUUGAAUGAGAUUGCAGCAGCGAGGGGAUGUCUUGGGCGGUUUCCAGGUGGACAGAUGAUGGAAAUUAUUAAAAGAUUUCUCAAAUUAAAUGCGUAACUUUCAUGGUCAGAUGUUAGAGAUCUUUCCUGGAUAGCCUCUGAGUUUCUAAAUAAUGUGUUUCAGAUCUGAAAAAGUAACCAUGACAAUAUGCCCUCGAAUCAUCAACAAUUUUCCAUGCUUCUUCUGAGUUCUGAUAUCACGGAAAUUGAUAUUUAUACCUGCAUCACCCUUUUCAUAAUCUGAGUCAUGUGCUCGAGUGGAGGCUAACUCACCUGCUGCCAGUGCCAGUAAACGAUAGUGAUUGUCCUCUCUAGUAAACAAAAUAAAGGAUUGUAUUUCAGGGUGUCAGCAUUCAAUUUAUUGUUGCACAUCACAGCUGAAUCAUGUGGAUUAUUGUUUCAGAGCCAAUUGACUCUGAAAAGUAAUAGAAAGCCCAUGGCAAGAGCCAUGUUAGUACAAUAUGUGGAUGACAUGUCAGCUGCUUGUUACACUUCUAGGCCCUUCAACUGUCUCUGGUUGCUCUUUUGCCCCUUCUCUUUAAUCUUUUCCUAAAUAAGUCUACAUCUUUUUCUCCUCUUAGGUUGUGUCGUCUCCCCUAGAGGAAAAAAUUCACCAAGAUUUUCCGAGGAAAAAUGCUCUCGAAGUGGAACUUCUAUUUUUCACACGGAGGAGCUUAAAGGAUUCAUCCAGGGGUGCCACUUACACCCACCAGCCUGAGGCUCGUGCCUGAAGUCAGUGCAAGACACUGGCUAAAGGAGGAAACCUGGUAUGCAGAUGAGCAUGGAGACUGCUUUGUAAUAAAACCAUUCAACAUUCUUACAGAUAGCAGCUAGUCAUGACUCAUGAGACAAUUUUCUUUGCCCUCACAACUAAUUCUUAUCCUAUGCUGUACUGAGCAAAGCAUGCUCCUGUCUUUGUUACUGUCUACUGAAGCAGAGUGCUACUAUCCACUGACCUGUCUAUUAACUUAACAGUCUUGAACAAAAUAAUGAACUAGUUUGUUCUGAUUUUG